AUGUUGUUACUCUUAAGUGUUUUGUUACUUUGUAGUUGUGUCAGUGGACAAGAGGGAGAGUAUUACAUUGGAAGUAAGUUUUUAACAGAUUUCGAAAUUGUAAAACAAAAAUAAAAUUUUUUAAAAAUUAUGGCAAUAUAGGCAGAAAAAAGGCAAGAACUUUCUUUAAAAGGCCAAGAAAAACAAGAACUUUUUUACAAAAAAAAUGGCAAAGACUUUUUUAUAUUUUAUAUGCCACCUUAACUUUCAGACUCACCAUACGUUGCAACCUACUUUUCUCGUGACCCAACAGAUGUCCACAAAUGUGAUCUGAGCUUAAUAAAUUCUGAUUUCUUUCUUAUUGGGAACAAAUGUGCAAAUUGUAAAGUAUCAUCAGAUACUCAAGCUUAUAAUCCAAGGUAAACAUCGAAAAUUACUUUUUCAGAACAGGAAACGGACCUGCCUCACUUAGAAUCAUCCGAAGUUUUUAUAUACUUGUUUCAGCACCUACGGCUCAACUCCAUUAAACUCUGGGUUUACUAUAAAACAAGGUGAAGUUACCUUGAAAGGCAACAACUACAAAGGCUACAUACAAUCAACCAUCUUCAACAGAAAGUCGGAUGAAGUGUUACCUGUAGUCGAAGAAGCUGACAAAGAUUACUCUACUAGUAAUGUAGGCCUGUUCGGACUCGACUUUAAGAGCCAAUACACAGAGAAUGUCAUUUUAAACAAGAUAUUGUCGUUUGGGUCUGAAAAGAAACUUAUUAUCAGGCGUGGUGCUUAUCCUCAGAUUCUGGUAUGUUUUACUGUAGUUUAUGAAAACUUAAUUUGGUACUGACUUUUGACAGUUAUAUUGAUAGCUACAUACAUGUAUAUGUUUAUAAUCACAUGAUAUUGUUUUUCAGAAAACAAAAGUAGUAAAGGACAACAAUAUUCAUGGUUAUGUCUUGGCAGGUGAAAGUACUAUGGAUGGCUGUGGACCUUUCACUUACUAUGAUGCUAGCGCUGAUGAAGGAUUGGGUAUUACUGGAAUGUAAGUUAAGAUUUUUUCAUUUUUAUUGUACAGUAAAACCUCUUUAGUAUUACGUUCAAUAGGAUGUCAUCUUCUUUAUAAUGCCAGCUUUUUUACCAUCGUUCAUAACAUCAUCGAUGACUUUGAAAAAUUAAAAAUUUUUACUUUUGCAACUUUGUGCAGUAAUAUUUUUGAAAAAGACUGUAUAUAAUAGUACACCAUGACGUUUUUAGUCAUUACAUUGAUGGAAACCCAAUAUCAGAGAAGACCUUCAAGUUUAGUAUAGACCAAUCUCUCCAAGUGCCUCAGGCUAUCUAUGAUCAAUAUUACAAAGACGUGAAGAAAGAAGAAGAUAUACCUACAUUUACCGUUAAAUUUGGCCAACGAACAUACGAAACAAAGCAAGAGUACUACCCAACAUACUUGGACAAGUACCGUCAGACUAUGACACUUUCAGUAGCACCAAGAACAGAGACCAAUAUUGUAGUACUAGGCAAAGAGUUCUUAAGAGAUCGAUGUCUUAGUAUCUCUGCCAAUUCUGAUGGUAAAACCGUGCAAAUUGGGUUGGCUGACAUCGUGAAGUUAACUGAUGACGUUGACUAUGAAGAUGAUGCUCCACCCACUACUACUACGACAACUACUACAACUACUACAACUACAACUACUACUACUACGAAUAUUCCUACUACAACCACAACAAAGCCACCUGGUACUACUACGACUAAUGUACCUACAACUACCACAACUUUAGGUACAACGACAACACCAACAACCACUACACCCAAGUCAGCCAGUAGUGUCAUUGUCAAUGUGUUGGCUAUGGUUGUAUUGAUUGUUUUGUUUGCUAUGUGA